AUGGGCAAAUACAUAACAAAUCUGAACUAUCAUUUCACUUUAUGUUUCUUGUGUACAGUCGUUCCUGAAGAGAUUAAUUUACGUGGUCCCUUAGCUGUGGAAGCCUAUAACAAGGCCCUUAAUGAAGGGAAAACUCGUUUCAAGAGGUUGCCGAUCAUGGUGAUUGGACAAGAUCGCUCCGGAAAAACCAGCCUUAAGAAUUCCAUGAUGGGAAAACCUUUCAACCCAGACGAGGACAGCACAGUGGGGAUAGAUGUUGGACCAUCACAUUUUAGUGUUACAACAGAUAUAUGCAUGCCAAGUGAGAAUACAGUGGGCAAUCAAACACAGAAUGAUUUCAGAGAAGCCCUCUCUUUUGAGCACCACAUAGCUCGUUUAGUCGUUGAAGUUUUAACUCAUUACAGAAAAAAUAAUUCAAAGGAUGACUUGCCACCAAAUGAGGCAAAAGUUGCAUUAUCAAGUGUGGCAUCAAAAAAUGCAAUAGAAACUGUUCAAGAAUCUGGUGCAGAUUUCGCAGCUCGCCAAGAAGAAGAAAACUGGAUAGUAAAGAUACCAGAUGAGGUAGUAGAGAAGAUAAAAAACUUACGAGAGGAAUUUGAGAAAGAGAGAGUUGGAGAUGAUGCGGAAAUGUAUUCAAUUGUUUGGGAUUUUGCUGGACAACCUGUAUACUAUGCAACGCAUCCACUUUUCCUCACACAAAGAGCAGUGUACCUGUUAGUUUUUGACCUCAGCCGAGGUCUUCAUGCAAGAGCCGAUCUCACUGUAAAGCAAGGAAUGUACAGCAUGAUUUUAGACAACCACGAUUGUAAAAGUAACCUAGACUAUCUGGAUUUCUGGAUGACAUGGGUUGCUUCAAUAGCCAAUCAAGAUGAAAACCAGCAGAUACGUUUGGAUCAAUCACCAAUGAAUAUUCCCCCAGUGUUCCUUGUUUGUACUCAUGCUGAUGAACCCUGUGGUGGAGCAGAUCCAUUUGUGCUAGCACGUGAAGUAUUUGGUUCCUUGGAGACCAAGCCUUACAAAAACCAGUUGUAUCAAGACGUUUUUGUUGUGGAUAACACAAAGUCAGGAAGCAAAGCAGAGUGUUCAGAAGUUAAGCGCUUGUGGGAAAAAGUCCUUGCUGUUGCUAAGGAGCUACCACAGAUGAAAGAAGACUACCCGAUAAAGUGGCUAAGAUUCGAAAAGGCUCUUCAAACCACAGUAAAAGAGGGGAAAAAGUGGAUUUCCCUGGAGGAGACAAGGCUGAUUGCGUCCAAACUGUGUCUCAUUGAGGAUGAUAAAGGAUUUGCAACCUUGUUGAACUUUCUACAUGACCAGAGAAUCUUGAUUCAUUUUGACAGUUCACCACUUUUGAAUAAUAUGGUCAUCUUGGAUCCUCAGUGGUUGGUAGACUUGUUUACGUCGGUGAUAACCGUAAAGCCGGGUCCCUAUGAAGGAAAAGAAAGAAAAUUGUGGAGAAGGCUUCAGACAGAGGGCAUCUUGGAGUAUAAACUUUUGGAACUUGUGUGGGAUCCUUUAUUAAUUCCAAAAGAAAUCUUUCCGAGCCUUCUUGAAAUCAUGGAGAAAUUCAGCUUGCUUUGUCCUUGGCCAUCACCAGAUGCUUCAUGUGGCAAGCAGUAUCUCGUGCCCUCCAUGCUAAUGUCUCAUCCACCAAGAAAUAUUAUCAAGUUGGUAGCCUCCGCACAAAUUCCAUCCUUUUAUAUAAGGUUCAAAUCUGGGCAGGUUCCUCCAGGCUUUUUUCCCCGACUGGUGUUGCAGUUUUUUCAGUGGGGCCAAGACGAAUUUUGGAGUGCAGAGAAUCCUCAGUUGUACGCUAAUUUUGCACGGUUUUACACCUCUGAAAAUGACGACUGCUCUGUAAUUCUUCGAUGCCAUUCGUCGUGUAUUGAAGUUGUGGUUCACAGAGGAAAUGUCAGUGCAAACCUGACAGAAUCUUUUCAAUCCAACCUAAACCUGUCGGCAGUUCCCAACUAUCAUGGAUUUGAAGAGCGGUGUGCUCGUGCCGUGCGAAGACAACUGGCGUUGACUCUUGAGUGUAUGCGAGAAGAAUUCUUUUGGUUUAAUAACAUGAGAUAUGAAGUAGGUGUGAUCUGCCCCGUUUGUUGCCAAGAACGUAAAGCUAAUUACUGCUGCAAACAUCACAAGCAGUGGUGUUGUGAGCAAGAGGAAUGUCUGCACUUCCUGUCUGAGUCUGACUUACGUAAGGCCAAAGACUUCAUCAGGUGUCGCAGGUGUCCUACUGCAGAAAGUGACAAAGUUCACGUCAAACGGUUUGCACCUUGGUUUGAAACUUCAGAUGAACAGGUGAAUAGACUCUAACUCUUGCUGUAAAUUACUUGAAAACAUUUACUACCAAACCCGGUUAUAUUUUAUCUAUUCCUAAAGGGUCAGUCUUUGGUUAUCUCAGACACUCCAGUCAAACACUCUCGCUUUUUUAAACCUCAGUAUUUUCUCACGACAGCGAUUACAACAAACGUAUUAGAAAGAGUGAAACCCGUAUUAAGUGGUCCCCACAUUAAGCGAACAGGAUCAUGAAUGAGUCCUACUCUUUUCUCUCCUUAUUACCUGUAAAACCAAUCCGGUUUUAGUGGACAUCUCGAUCUACCACACUAGCGAUGGUCCCGUGGGUGUACGCUUAAUACAGAUUUAUGUAACGUUUUCUAAAUGCACUGUUGGUUAAGACCGCAGGAAAUCACUGGCACUUGUUGCUUUACAAGUGAUGUUUAGAGACAGUCCUGAACACCACAUGUAAAGCAGCAAUAGGCCCUUUUAAGCUAGGUGACUUUCAGUACACUACCUCCCACCAUACCCCCCUCCUCUUCGCCAGCCCACAAGGCAACUUUGAUCCAUAAGAUAGCGUUCAGAGCACUUAAAAUCAACCUUGUUUAAUUGUCUCUUCCUUCUUUGUUACAGGCUAUAGCUGACGAAAGUGAGCCAAGACCUUCAGCUUCUGGAGGAGGUAGGACUGCCACACUGAUAGGGUGGAUGGAUAAUGUAAACGAGGGAACUUACUUAUUGUGUGUAAUUAAAACCAUUCCGACAAAAAUAUUCGUCUCUUGGACAUAUCUUAAUCCACUUUUAGCAUCCCCUGGUAGUUAUCUUUAUAUUGCAAACUUGGUAGCCUUCGAAAUGACUAGAAUAUCGCAAACAAACCACUCUGUCCUUGCCGAGGAUAGCGCUACAAAGCGCCUGUGCUUUUUUUACCAAGUCUGAAUGCUGCAAGUCGAACAUAAAGUUGUAAAAAAUCAUUGCCUUUCGCAGGAAUUGAUGAAAAGUUGCUUGUACUUUCAAGCAAGGCUAUAGAAACACUCAUGUCGCAGUAAAAAAUCAUUGCCUUUCGCAGGAAUUGAUGAAAAGUUGCUUGUACUUUCAAGCAAGGCUAUAGAAACACUCAUGUCGCAGCAGUGUGACUCCAGAGAGGUAGUACUUCAACUGAAAGACUGUUUGAAACUGGAUGAUGUUUCCUUAAAGAAUCCAGACCCUGAGACCAAACGAUUGAUUCGUUGCCUUGCAAAUAAAGCAAAACAGUCCAACAGACCUGACGUGGUCAGAGAAUUGAGAGAGGUUGCACCGGCUGGAACUACAGGUAUAAAGUUUGUUGUGGGGGUUAAUGUAAGUACGGACGCGGAGAUAAUAUUUUGGAUUGCUGGGGAAAGCUCGCGGUUAGAGCGAGUUCAGCGAGUGGGGAAGGCGCGAGUUUAUCUAGGAGAGUCCAGGCAUGCUUCUCCGGAAAAUUUUGAAAUAUAGAGUUUCUGAAAUCAACGGAAAUGCCUGAGAAAAUUUUGCAAAAUUUUUCAUCACCAUUCUGUAAGUUUUCUGAACAAAAACACAUAUUUAGCGAUAAAAUGUGUUUAAGAUUAGAAGUACUUUUGCAAAUGCAAGAACAUUAAAAACGGCACAAUUAUUGGUUUGGCUAUAGCCCACCAGCCCCAUAACUCCCUGAUCCCCCGACCUGCUUAAUGAAAUAUUGUUCAUGAGCAACGCACAGGUCAGGAUUAAAAGAGGCAAUGAUGAAGCUUGCGGGAUAAGGAAUAGAUCCCACACACCACAGGAUAGGAAGAUAAUCAUCAUGUGAAGAAAAGUUUGCUCAGUAUUGGUGAUUCUUUAAAACAAGGACAAAAAAUGUUCCGAAACAUUUCCGUAAGAACAAUAGCACAGUCCGAACAUUUUACUGUCCGGGGAUAUUUGACCGAGGCGUAUGCAAUAUCGGCAGUAUAGACUGUCUUUCAGAGCAGUUGCUUAAAUCAGCAAUAGCUUUACUGUGUUUCUUUUCUUGGCCUUGUUUUAAAAAAUCUUCCUUCUAAACAAGGCGGGUUAAAAAUUUCAAGAAAAAACAAAAAUAAUGUCCGUAAAAAAUGUGCGAAAGUUGUUUUUCACUCAGUUUUUGUCUCAAGAGUAAAUUUCUCUAUCCCAUUCCUUCUUUCUUUUAGAUCCAUUUUGUUAAUUUCUUUAAGCCCUGCACUGAUUUGUUACCCUUUUUGACCUCGCUCUCUUUCCUGUAGGUCCUUUGUUGCCUGAGUGUCUUGAUGUUAUGAAUAUACCUACUUCUCAGAUACAGAGACUUACAGUUCAUUUAAGCGGUGAGUGUCAUUUAUUUUGUGACAGGUUCAUCAGUAAUUCUCAUUUUUGGAAUUAAAAGACAGCUCAGAAUGGUUACAGAGAAAUAACUUUCGUUAUAAUUGUACUGACCUCUGUGAGUGAAUGCACUAUCAGAUUGUAUGUGAUCUUUCGAAUCUUUUAGUUGCACCUUAGAGUGACGUUUCUCGGGUUAUUAGCAGUAUAUGCUAGAGGCCUAACUAGCCUCAUGUAAAGCCGAGGGUAAAUAAAGUUUAUUUGUCAACUUUCACACCUAGAAUGCACAUUAACAAUGUUUUGACACUAUUUUAUCUUUAAUAUGAGGGUAGACAGACAAAACAAAACUGGCGUCAGUUUGUUGAUUAGAAGCGCUGCACUCGCUAUUAGCUUGGAGGGAAAAAAUGGAAUCUAAAUGAUCGCGGGCAGUUUUUAAGUUUUUAUCUUUUAGUAUGGUAAUUAUCAUAUUCCUUGAAAGAAAAUUGCAUUGUUCCUUUUUGUAGGAGGACAGGAGUGGAAGCAGCUUGCUGAAAAACUGGGCUUGGCUCCACACGAGAUUCGUUUCCUUGAUAACCGGGUAAUGAACCCGUGUGAAGCUGCCAUAGCGUUUAUUGCUAGACAGCGAUACAUCACUGUGGGAGAGCUGUAUGACACGAUAAGCGAGUGUGGGCUGCCUGUCUUUGCAGACAUUCUAUAA